AUGGCCCUACGAUCAGAGACAAUCCAAGCCCUGCGGAGGUUUGCAUUCUGUGACAAUCAAGAUCUUCGGGCCAGCGUACACGGUGCGCAUGGUACGGGAUUCAGACAAAGCCUCGCCGACACCACCCACGCACUUCGCCGAUGCGAUCCCCAAGGGGAGCGUGGUGUUCGUCUCGCAGCCGAAAGACUGGUGAGCGCGUGCUGGGGCGGACUGAUGAGCACGCGGGCCCAGAAGCUCGGGGCCGCGGGUGUGGUGAUUGACAGCCGGUUUCGUGAUGUGGCGGAGCAUCAGAGCCUGGGCAUUGGGCUGUUCGCGCGGGAUGUCAGUAUUCUGGGGUCGGCGAGUUUCACUCGGUCGUCGGAAUUGAAUGUCCCUGUUACAUAUUCAGAGGGUAAUGCCGGUGAGAGUGUGGUGGCUCAGCCCGAGGAUUAUAUUGUUGGGAAUACGGAUGGGGUUGUUGCGGUGCCUGUUGGGAAGGUGGAGAGGCGUGUUGAGCUUUGUCAGGAGCGGUAUGAGAUUGAUGAGGAGACGCGAAGUUGUUUGGAGCGCGGAGAGGUGAUGGGGGCUACGAUUAAGCGGUUGAGGAAGUGCAGGGCGUUCAUGCUCCUGACAGGGUGGGUAGGGCUUAGGGAUAGGAUCACAUAA